AUGGACGGCGCGGCGGUCGAGCUCGAACGAAGCAAACUCAGAGUGCGACGCGCGUACGCGUUCGCGCAGUCCAGCGUGUCGUCGAUCGCGAUGAUGACGUUCAUGAUGUGGAUGAGCGGCAACUCGGUGCAAGUCUUUAGCAUCAUGGUCGUCUUCGGCGGCGUCGCGCAGACGACGCGAGCGAUCCUGAGCUCGCGAGCGACGUUCGAUAGAUUCGUCGAUGGUGAUGCGAGCGUGGACGUCACGGUGCCGAGGUUGAUGUUUUGCGCGGUGCAGCUCGUGGGAUUGUGCCUGGCGUUGCGCAAGCUCAACGUCAUGGGUCUGUUGCCCACGCACGCGAGCGACUGGGCGAGCGGGAUGAAGCCUCCGAGAGCGUUGGAGCGCGCGUUCGGCGACGUCGAGCUCGACCUUUAA